AUGAAAUUUUUGAAAAACAAACAUGUAAAAAUAUUAUUUAACAUGGUAUACGAACUGAUAAUAUAUUUUAUAAUAUUCAAUGUGAAUAUCCAAGAAAUGUACCACUGCUUAUGCAAUUUUUUUUACGAUACGUUUUACUUGUUUUAUAAAAGUAAAGAGAUUGCCAAACCAGAUGAUAAAGUGUUUAUAAUAUACGAUGGAGAUAUAAAGAAUUUGGAUAUUAAACAAAAUAAAAGGAAAACCAAAAGCAGUUUAAAAGACAGAGAAGAUUAUGUAAAAUGCUGGGAUUAUAAAAAUAAUAAGUUUUUAGAAACUGAUUUUACUAUUAUAGACCUUUUUAAACAUUAUUCUGAGCGUUAUAAAUUAUUAGAGAAAAUGAAAAGAUCUGUUAGACUUGAAUGCGAGGGUGUUUAUGUCGUUCUUAGUGAUAUUGCACAGAGUACAUUUUUGUGGAAUAAAGACAGAUUUAAAAUGGCUAGAUGUAUUUUUGAACAUGAUAAGAUUUGUAGUACAUUAAUUAAACAGUAUAAUGGUAUACAAGUAAGAAAUGAAGGGGAUUCUUUUCUUAUUGCUUUUAAAGACAAAGAAGAUAGCAUUUCUUUUGCAAAUAGAUUUUUUACUGAAGUUUCUAACAUUGUUUAUUCCAAAAAAGAAAAAAUUAAAGUAAAGAUAGUCGUAAACUACGAACUAAUUGAUACAAGAACGUUUAAAGGAUUAUUUUAUGCUCGUAUGGAAGAUACAUAUAAAAUUUCAAGACAUACAAAAACAAAUAAAAUAUGUCUAACUGAUAGAGUAAUAUCUAAUGAUGAUAAUAAAUUGUACUGUAUACACAAAUGUAAAUAA